ACUGACUGACAAAGUUUGCGCGCACACAACAAGAACCACCACCAUCUUGAGCCACGCAGAUCUUUUGGAUCCACCAUCUUGGAUACAUUGCACAUCUUAUUAUUAUUAAUGUCUCUCCCUCCUCGACUUCGCGGUCACAGCGUUGCUCUGUUCACUAUGGAAUCUACACCUGAACCUGGACUCGGAAUGCCUGCUAACACCCUCAAACGAAGCCGUUCGCCAACCCUUGACGCACUGCCAGAGGAGCUACCUGGCCUUCCGAAGCUUUCAGGACACAUCAUUCUCGAAGUUUUCACCCACAGGUCUCUCCGGCUGGCAUGCAAUGCACUGUUUCGUGACAAUGAGAGAUUGUCCGUCCUUGGCCACGAGGUUUUGGAGAUGAUGACAACACAACUACUUUUCUUCCGAAAACCAAAGCUUGCAGUGCAACAAAUCGAGGUGCAGAGGACGCUGCUUUUGACUGACGAAACGAUUGAUAUCUGGUCAAAACUGUAUCGGCUACGGGAAGAUAUUCGUUGCGACCCCAGGUGUCUACCAUCACUUCAGACUGCGGAGGAAGGGCGCCUAAUAUUCAAUGCCUAUCUGGGAGCCGUGUUCACCGAGCACGGGCUCCAGACAGUGCAGGAAUGGAUAGGCGGCCUCCUUCGGCUGUCUACUACGAUAUUGAACGAUUAUCAAGAUAUGGAUGUUGAUGUCGUCCCGAUAGCUUCAAAACCAACGUCACCUGCUCCCACCUCAAAACGAGUGAAAAUAGAGGAGCCUUCUGCUCCUCCUCCGCCAUUACCAUCAUUCCCUCCACCACCAAUGCAUCAGCCACCCGUACAAUCACGUUUUUCGACGCUGCCGCCUCAAUCUCUUCCGCCGCGCACCAAUUUCCCGCAAUUAACUCAAACCACCCAUUACAAUCCGUAUAUGCGGCCACCUCCGCUGUCUCGGCCGCCAUCUCCCCCAAGGAUAUCACCUCCAAAUCCUCUAGCCCCUGCUCAACCACACCUUGCAUUUUUACCACUGUUCAAUCAAACAGCUCAUCAACGUGGUGUGAGUGUCAGUUAUUCAGCAGUAUUAGUGGGCCCACCACAUUCCGGGAAAUGGAACGUGACUUGCGUUGUGGAUGGGAUCGAGAAGGGUAAAGGAUCUAGCGACACUAAGCAGCAAGCUAAAGAGCUAGCUGCACGACAGGCUUACUACGAGAUGGGAUGGGCACCCCGUAAGUGUGAAAUAUCUUUGAUUGAUUGAUCGACGUUUGACCUCAGUUGCGUUGCAGGUGGGUAACGCCAUCAGAUGUAGGAGUAUUAUGCGUUUCUCAUAGCAGUGCUAUUCGGGCAAGUUCCAACCACGGGCUCGUACUGGAGAAUAUGGCUGUGUGCCCGAACAGCACUAUUAUAAGAUAUAUAACCGGUGUUUGACGCUCUGCGUUCCGGCUGUUUUGUAGGAAAGUAGUAGCAAACAGGUAUUAAUUCCUCCGCCAAGUCGUACCUGUAUGAGCACUAGUAGACCAAUGUGAUCAUUGUUCUCGAUCA